AUGUCAGUCUCAUCAAGCUUGCGAUCCUCGCAGACAGUUCGGCCGUCUUCGCCUCACACCCCUCAGCAGCCACCUGCCCGAUCGGCCAAUACUUCCUUCGCAAGCACGACGUCUGCUGGCUCAUCAUUUCGGAACGAGGAGGAUGCGAUCAUCUUUGAAAUAGGUGCAAGAUGGCUACGAGCGGGGUUCGAGGGAAGUGGGACACCCACCUGUACCGUGAGUUUCGGCCCCGAGGAGUCGCGAAGAGUAGGAGACUAUCGCGGUUGGAUUGCAGGCGCCGUGGAGACGGGACUUCUGGCGCAACCUGUCGACGCCGAGGAUUGGGUGCGGGACUACGAGAUAUGGCGGCCGAACCUUCGGGAUGUGGAUUUGGACCUGCUGGAAGACAAGAUUGAGCGACUCUUCCGCGAAACGUACAACAAAUACCUUCUCACAGACGCUGGCUCGUCUCGGCUGGUUCUUACUCUUCCUUCACUCAUGCCGCAUCCGCUGCUUUCAUCGCUUCUAUCUACGCUAUUCAACCGCUGGCGGUUUCCUACCAUCACCUUGCUUCCCAGUGCAGCCAUGUCGGCAACCGCUGCGGGGCUGCGGUCUGCCUUGGUGAUCGACCUCGGAUGGGCAGAGACUACAGUGACCGGACUCUAUGAGUACAGGGAAAUCACGGCCAAACGAAGUGUCCGGGCGAUGAAAUGCCUGCAACAAGAGAUGGGCCGCUGCCUGACUCGUCUAGCAUCCGAGGAAUCGCCUCAUCAAAGCAACAGCGGGGACAUCUCGGUGGGAUUCGCCUAUUGCGAAGAGAUCCUCACGCGAUUUGCUUGGUGCAGGCCGCAUACAGGAGCAGAAGACGACGCAGUGCGUGAAACACGACUAGUGUCGAUCCCAUCCCCCAUGAACCCCGGGGAAGAGUUUUUAGAAGUGCCCUUUUCCCGCCUUGCCGACCCCGUGGAUACGGUGCUCUUUGCAAAGGACAUGGCGGAAACGGAUUUGGACGAUGAGGAAAAGCCGAUUCCGCUGCUUGUUUACCAUACUCUUCUGGCCUUGCCGCCUGACGCACGCGGGAUCUGCAUGUCGCGUAUUGUCUUCGUUGGCGGCGGAUCUCGUAUCCCAGGCGUGCGAAGGAGAGUUCUCCAGGAGCUGAAUUUGCUUAUCAAGCAGCAUGGAUGGAGUCCGGUUCGGGGUAAAGCUCUUGAACGACAACGGGAACGAUUGGAGAAGCUACGGAUAUCACCUCGAACGAGUCCACAGCCACAGAUGCCGCCAGCUGAUCCGCCCGAAGAAGAUGCUUCGGAUCCCCCAAAGCCGCACCCAUCGCAAGAGGAGCCCGAGAUCGACUUUGUAGAGCAGAAGCUCCGCCGACAGAACAAAGAAACACAUGUACCAGUUCACGGAAUCGUGAGAGAGAUUGAGUCUCUGGGGGCCUGGGCCGGUGCCAGCCUGGUGACCAGCCUGAAAUUGCGAGGGAUGGUCGAGAUUGAGCGAGAAAAGUUCCUGCAGCACGGACUCGCUGGCGCCAGUCGCGAAUCUGAACCCGUCGUUCCUGAUCGUCGAUCCGGCUUGAAGGCGGGAGAUCGAUCUAGUUGGACACUGGCCGGUUGGGCGUGA